GUGGUGAUUUCUUAGAAACAAAGCCAGUGGAAAAGGUCUUCAUCCUGUGAGCUACCUCUGCUGAUACAGACAAGGGUUCAACUGCUUUAAAGACAUUGUUCAACUGCACUGACGGAAGGGGACAGAAUGCAGUAUCCCACGAUUGGAGUUGCUUAUCUUUUAUUUGUACUUUACGUCGUUAUACAAGUCAAAUCUAAGUCGACUGAUACGGAUCCGGCAUUAGAAGCAGCACUUGCAAACGUAGAAAAUGAAGCUGAUGAAAAGAGAGGUUGGAAUAAUCUUUCUGGGAUGUGGGGCAAACGAGGCUGGAACAACUUAUCCGGAAUGUGGGGAAAGCGAGGCUGGAACAACUUAUCCGGAAUGUGGGGAAAACGAGGGUCUAGCUGGAACGAUUUGUCUGGAAUGUGGGGCAAACGAGGCUCUAACUGGAACGACAUGUCCGGAAUGUGGGGCAAACGGGGUUGGAACAACUUGUCUGGAAUGUGGGGAAAGCGAGGAUGGAACAACUUAUCCGGAAUGUGGGGAAAGAGGAGCAACAACUGGAACAACUUGAAAGGAGUCUGGGGCAAACGAGCUGACUCUCCUCUUGAUGAAGAAAGAACAGCGUGGGGCUUUGUAGAAACUGGCACACUUUGAAAAGGACGAUUUGAUUCUCUAGCGCACGCUUUUGUCAAUAGUUAUAAAAUAUUUGUGGUAGCAUAUCCAAAAAUACCUUCCUAAUAAAUAUUUCAAAGUUAGCAAAUAUAUUUUGUACCUUUAAAGAUGAUUUGCGAUUUUCCACCUAAACCUUCUUUAGUCAAUAUUUCCUCACUUACUCGGUCGCGUGAUGAAGUGGAUCUUAAACUUAUCAAACUAACCAACUCAAAAAAACCUAUUUUAAGUUGUUGGAUAGGAGAUUUUAGACUAUUUAGUAAUUGUUUUCUUUUGUUUAGAUAAGGAAGAAAUAAAAGAGUAAGAUAUGUAAGUCUGUACGUCUGCAAAUGGUCAAAUUGCGUUUACGAAUGAAAACUUUCAUUAUAUUGACCUAACCUAAUAAAUUACAUUUUUCUGAUA